AAGCAAAUAAACGCAAGCAGAACAGAUGUGAAUUAUCGCUGUGGGACAAACUUUUUUAAGAGUGUAGGCACGUGUAAGUGUCUACGUAUUUGUCUGUAGUCUCCGCCUGAGGAGACCGUCACCUUUUGGAAAACUUACGCCUCUUAGGAAAACAAAAAGGCUUAGGUUUUGAAACCGCAACCUGUACGAACAGCAAAGAACCAAUCAGCAUCGUCGCUUUAAUUGGCACAUGCACGCGCACAGACGCACGCGCUCCGUUCCAACCUUGGCCCCACGCGUUCUGUGCUGUAAUCGCCCUAGCGUUCUCAGGGCUGUGUGCGCCGUCGAUGAGCUGUCAUUUCUCGUGCACACCUGGAACCUCCUGCCAGCGGCGGAAGAAACGGCGAAGGCAAGAGAUGGAAGAGCAAGACGGCGAGAACAAGGUAAAAGCGGGAGCCAAUGUUUCAACGAUACAUGUGGACAAGUCCACUCGUCGAAACGUUGGCUCCAGCUUUUACAUUGUUCUCGGUUUGCUUCUGCCAGCUGCUGUGUCCACACAAGAUCAUGGCGCUGUGCUGAGCACUAUCUUGCUCAACAUCAUGAGAGCCGACCAACAUCGUGAGAGCCAACAAAGGUGUGCCUCUUCCCAGGGCUCCAAGGCAUCCUUUCACAGCUUCCAGCAUCAGUCCGGAGCCGGUUUGGUGCAAUAACUGAAACUAUACGGUUGGUCGCAAGACUUUUUGCUGCACGAUAAUUGUAGGCUCGGACAACAGAGUUUACACGUCCACACAACCUCGGGCAUCUACCAAAAACAGUGCAGCAAAGAGCUGCAAUCCGGAUGGCAAGAAGCACCUCGCAAGACUUUUUCCUGCACCAUAAUUGUAGGCUCGGACAACAGAGUUUACACGUACACACUACCUCGGGCAUCUACCAAAAACAGUGCAGCAAAGAGCCACAAUCCGGCUGACAAGAAACACCUCAAGACGACUGACGCACCCAUUGAGCUCUGCGAUGUCACGGGCACCAUCUCGAAAUUGUGAAUGCUUUAUGGUUUUGUUGAAUUGGUACACCCACUUUGAGCUAGUGUCUUUAUUUUUUUUUGACAAGAGGUUCUUUGAAAACAUUGGCACCAUGACCUAUCAAAAUUGGGGCUCAAGCUAGGCGAUGUAGUCUUAGAUUUCGUAAAAAGUCCACCAGGCCACAGAGCCAAGUAUCGGGUCACUCAUGUAGAACUACUAAGAAAAAUGGCUCAUACGAGCAACCCUGCACCGAAGCAGGCAUAGUACCAACAAGGUAGCGACAGCAUCGGAAAUCUACUUGUCGCAAUCCAAGCCGUACAUAUCUAAUAUUUGGUGAAGACAUUAAAGAGUGUGCCUACUUUUCUAUUGGCAACGUUGAGAUCUGCCUGCUUGAGCCGAAAAAGAGCCUGAAUGACCUGUUUAGCUUUGGCGACAAGGUUCACUUUGAUGCCCAGCGAUAUCCAAAGCCGACCAGCUACGCCAAGUGGUGGGUCACCAAUGUGAACAAAGUGCAAAGUGCUGAACUUGCCCAUGCCAAUGACAGCGGAGACGAGGCUUUUCUAUUCAACAACAAUAUCGCCGUGCUUCUGCUUGACCCACAGGUUUGGGUCUGGUAUCCACUGUUGAACCCAACGUCUCAGUCCUAGUGCCAGACACAGUGGCAUACUGCAAUGGAAGGAAGAUCAAGUCAUUCAGCGAGCUGUUGAAGGACAGUGCUGUCCUAGAAGAUUUAGAUUUGUUUGUAGAUGCCGUCCAAGUGGAACACGACAUGUGGGUAGCAACGCUCAAGUGGACUACUGAACAACCCAAGCACCCACCAGUCGAGCAGAGCGAAAGCGCGUUUCACAACGCCCUCGAUAUCCCCAUGAGCUAAAUGACCACGGGCACUCGUGACCUAGAAGUGGGAGACCUUGGCAUCUUCAACAUGUCUAACAAGUUCUGCUCUGCAGCUGACGUUGACCAUUCGGUCAUGGUUUGCCUGCAGAGCAAGAUAAUACUCAAGGCCGUGAACAACAACAGCACACUGUAAGAAAUGCAGGAGCCUGCAUUUGCGAUUCUGCAGAAACAACGUGCGAGGAACAACGUGGCGAGUAAAGCGUACGUUGCCUUGAAAAAGACAAGCCCACUUGUCGAAACGUUGGCUCCUGCAUUCACCUUGUUCACGUUUUGCUCAUCAUGCCCCAUGUAGGUCACUCAAAGAAUAUCCUCCGAGAAAACUAUAUAUUAGUAUUGACUACAUGUUCGGUAUGGUCGGCGGCGGGAGGAGGUGUGCUACCCCCUCAUGUGGCAGGAAGAAAGGACGUCAAACGUGCACCAAACAAGUCUCUCAGAGUUUGGCCUGCUGCUGAAGGCCAGUACAGCGCAGCAAGACAUCCCUGCAGCGCCAGGCAAACUCAGCGAAUUAGCUAACUCGCCCAUCGCCACCCUCAGGUCCUGCCAUCUGCAAUGCUGCCAUGAACGGGAAAUCCACGGCAGCUGGGCCCACCCUGGAGCCUACAGUCUAUCUCCUCUCGGGCAGGAAGGACACAGUGAUGCAAGUCUUUCACUCUUCAGCCACUAUGGAAGCCAGAGAGGGGCAGACUAUCCAGGAGGUGACGGUCACUGUGGACUGCUUCUACAGGGACAGCAGGACGGUCUUGAGCAAGCUCAACCAAGUUCUCCACAAAAGGGACAUCGUCAACAUCGACUACAGUCGAACCCCGAUAUAUGAAACAUCUCGAUGAUCGCGAAAUAGUUUAUUAUAGGCAGAAUUGGAUAUAUAAAAUCAUGUCAAACAUGUGUAAAGAACUUGUACAAAUCAAUCAAUGAACCAUCUUACAUGAAUAGAGGUAGUGGAUUUUCGGCUGGAAAUAGCAUUUCCAGUCGGUAACUUUCCAUGGACAGUUAGAAAUCACAUUUUCCAGCUGGAAACUGACUUUACUCCUGCCUGAAACUUUACUUUCAUAUGGUGUUUCUGGGUGGUAAUAGCACAUUCUCUACUGGGGCUCCCCAUGACUGGCCAGAAAUAGUUUUCCAGCUGGAAACAGAGUCUACUGCAGUUAUGUGACCAGACAUUCCAAAGUGAAAAUUCCAGGUAUGGAUGGAGGCCUUCUGAGCUAAAUGGGGAACAUAUGAAAGUCAAUUGAGAGAAGUUGUUUCCAUUUACAAGAACUGAUACAGCAGCUUGGAAAUGUCCCAUCACAUUGAAUGGUAGCUUUAGCACAGGAACUAUAUCGCGCCAUCAGAUUAUUCUACCGUCAAGAUUCUCUCCUGCCUGCACACUGAGAACACCUCCGCAGGUCCUGCAUAAACCUUUCUUUACAUUGCAGAUCCCUAGAAUUAUAAAGUAAUCUGUUCCUUCCAUUGGUGUCAAGGAACUUAUGAUGGGUCUGUCAAAGCAUAUGCUCCAUUGCACCCUCCAUUAUCCUACAUAUUGUAACGGAUGGCAUGAGUUUAUUUACAAGGUCAUAGAUGGUUAGUGUAGAGCAAGGGACAAAAUGGUCGUCAAAGUCCAACAGGCAGCGGCCAGCUCCUCGCGCGCCUCUCUACUUUCUCUUCCUUUGGCUUUGCCGUGCGGCGUGACAAUAUGAUCAUUGCUCGGCAUUUUCAGCUAGACCAUAGGUGAACAUCAGUUACCAGAGAACUUGCUGCAGUCCAGGUGGAACUUCAAUUUUUCUCUAUGGGCCUCCUAAUGCAUGGACGAUGUUCUGCUAGUCUAAGCCAGCUCUUCAAACCAUUGGCUGCAUCCUCAGACAGGGCCCAUAUUAGCAGGAGCAUUUGAGACUUCAUGCAUCAAAUUUUUCAUUCUUAUAAGUUUAUUUUCUUUUUUUGUUGUUCAUGAAUAAACUACAUAUAUACCAACACAAAAGAUUUGUUUCUUACUUUACGGUCACGGGAAAAAAAUUACGGCAAAUUUUUUUCGGAACAGGUCCCGCUGAUAAAUUUAAAUCUGCAGUAAAAGAAAUCUGCCCUGGCCGGUCGCAUGCUCUGAAAAAAAAAUCGACACUCAAAGGGUUAAAUAAUGAUUCUCAAGAACGCGUUGCAUUCUCGUGGACAGACAGAAAUGCGCUGCUUUGUUCCGUAAUACGCAACUCUACAUUGGAGCACUAAGCCAGCCAGAUCAACAACACCGACGAGUACCCAGAAAUUAAUUUUUGAAUGCUAAAAAAAUUAUGGGGUUUUACAUUUAAGGCACCUUAAGGUAGUGUCAAUUAAGGCACUCAAAUCCAUGGCCUUUGCUGAGAGACAACAAAUAAUAAGAAGUAACAUUGCAUUCGAAAGAGAAUGUCAAGUAAUUUAAUGAAUGUCACUUGAGCGAGCAGGCUUUCGCCUUCACCCUCCUUGGCGUAUGCUAAAGUGACUCAAUUUCUUUGUGCAGCCUUUGAGAUGAUUUGAGCUCACUUGUUACUCUGUGCUUAUUUUAAAGAAGAAUGCAGAUGGCAGAAGGACCCUGUUGAAAAGUGAAGCUGUAAACAUAGACUACUUUUCGUUUUCUUGUUGUGUUGCCAGCUCUCUACUUCAAGCUGAGGUCCUCCAUGUAUCGAGGAAUGCUUCAAGUCAUAUGUUGACAAGAAAAAGCAUGGUGACUUGGAGAAUCCAGCUUCUUCAAGCAAGAGUGAUUUUGCAGUACUGUGCAUUGUGUUAAGACAUGUAACGAAGAAAAUCCAAAACGUGCCGUGAAAUUGACCUUGUGCAGGGAAGGCCACCUUCGUUACACUGUAACGCAAUUUUUAAUUGUGCUAACGAACUUCUCUUUUCUGACAAAUCUUUUUCUUGGCCUUGCUUUAUAUGAUCAACAGAAUUGUUUGCAUGCGAAAAAGUGUAUUUCUUUCUUGCUAGUUUCUUACAAUCCUUAACAGGUUGAAACUUGAAUAAUGGAAUGGGCAGCUUGUUUAACAGCUUCGGACAAAUAAAUGUGCUUCCCAUCGUUAUAGUACACUGGAA